AUGCUCUUAACGCGUCGCAUGACUCGACUGCAUACUGUGCAAAGUGCAAGUGAGCGGCCGUUGCACUCCGGCAACGGUCGUUGCCUGUUAUCCUUGAAUGCUGUUUGCGACGGCGCUCGUUCGCAGCUCUCCCCACAAACCAGCAGCACCACAACGCAACUGCCAACGAUGAUCUCCCGCCUGCCCGAACCGCUGACCAUCGUCCAGGAGCUCCCGACCGCGCCACAGUCCAUCUGCUCGGAGGCCAGCUACCCUGGCACCCCCCUCGGCCGGCUGCGAAGUGCGAUGAAGAAUGUCAGCUACACGCAGUCGAACGCGUUUUUCGACGCCUUCCUGGUGUUCCACAGCGACGAACAUUUGAGCGAAGAGCCGGCACCGGAGGAGCGUCGACUGCAGUACAUAAGCGGGUGGGACGGCGCGGGCACGGCGGCGGUGCUGGCUGACGGCGGCGCCGCGCUCUUCGUGGCCAGCGGGGACGUGAGACGGGCGCGCGCCACCGUCUCGUGCGCCUGGCUCGUAGUCGACGAGAACGACCCCAGCCAGCCCACGAUCACCGAAUGGAUCGCGGAGCGUCCGGGCCGCAACGGGCGGGUUGGUGCGGACGCGCGGCUGACCUCGGUGAUGGAGUGGCAGUCGCUGUUCAGCAACCUGCAGCGGGAGGGUAUGCAGCUGGUGCACGCGCAGACCCUCAUCGACCAGCUGUGGGCAGACGAGCCCAGCCCAGGGCUACGACGCCCCGAGUUCUCCAGGAUCGUUGCGAACUUGCACAACCUGGAAUACACGGGCAUGACGUGGCGCGACAAAGUGGCGGCCGUGAGGGCCGAGCUGCGCGAGUUGGGCGCGGACGCGAUGGUGGUGACGUCACUGGACGAGGUGGCCUGGCUGCUGAACGUGAGGGGCCGAGACGUGCCGUACGCGCCGCUGCUCAAGGCCUUCGUGGUGGUCAGCAUGAAGGAGGUCCGCGUGUACGCGCCGCCGGGCAAGCUCUCGAUGCCCGUGCGGGAGGCGCUCGCUGUGUACAACUGCUACGCAACCGCCAACAACUGCACGAGAAUCCACGGGUUUGAGGCCCUACACAUACCUGUUUUACACGAUAUAAAAACAACUAGACCAACCAGACGGAGCGUUGGUAUACACGCCAUUGCCACGGCCGCCCUAGGCCCCAGCCCAUGUAUGAAUUUCUCGUCACGAUUGGCCGCCCCCAAUACGUGGCCGCCUAGGCGCGGGCCUAUUGGGCCUCAGGGCAGACCCACCACUGGCCAUCUAUGUUCCAGAGUGAACGACUACACGACCAUCUACGCUGACCUGCGGCGCGCGUCGGAGACGAAGAUCCUGAUCCCCACAGGGGACACGUUCCAGCGGGGCGCCUCCGCCGCGAUCGCCCAGAGCGUGCCGCAGUCCAAGCGGCUGUUCCAGUCCUCGCCCAUCAUCUACUUCAAGGCGCAGAAGAACGACGCGGAGAUCAGGGGCAUGAGGAGGGCGCACCUGCGGGACGCCGUCGCGAUGUGCACGGUGCUCAGCUACAUCGAGAGCAUGGGUAACGGCGAACACUUGCGUGGCCCCACCACGGAAUUAGGCGACCGUUCCGCGUGCAGGGCAACAGCGAACACUGUUCCGUGGCCCCGCCACGGUAACUUGCGUGGCCCCACCACGGAAUUAGGCGACCGUUCCGCGUGCCAGGCCGCGCUGAGCACCCUCCAGGCGCCGGGCACUCUGCCCGCCGCCCACGCGGACCCCGUUGCCAGGGGCCCGCUCUGGACCGCCGCCCAGGACUACCCCUCGCCCACCGGCCACGGGGUGGGCGCUGCGCUCAACCGCCGCGAGGAUCCGGUCGUCAUCGACUACAGGCAAGACACCAACUUGCACACUUUCCGAGAGGGAUACUUUGUGACAAGCGAACCGGCUUGGUACGAAUCGAGAAAGUUCGGUGUGAAGCUCGGCAACGUCCUGCUGGUGGUCGCCAAGCCGGACGGGUACCUAGGAUUCCGUGAGGCCACACUACUGCCCUUCGAACCUAAACUUAUCGAUCGCAAUUUGCUAACCGAAUACGAGAUAAACUGGUUGAACGCGUACAACGAGAGAAUUCGGAAGACUGUCGGCCCGGACUUGACCGACCAAGGGCUUACGGACGUGUACUAUUGGAUGAUGAACAAGACCAUAUACAUCGAACCACCCUCGAAGGCCAGGAAGAGUGCAAACGCCGCGCAGACUCGCUACCGUGGGGACAGUUACGGGCUGUUUUACUCCGUUGUACUGGCGAACGUUAUCUGUUAUAUAGCUAAUAACGUA